ACUUUUCGCACCAGCGGACGCACCGUAAGCCGAACCGCCAAACACUAUCGACAAUGCCGCAUUCCAAGCUGCACCUGUGGGCGGUGAUUGGACUCCUCCAACUGCUGACCUUUUCCGCCACCGCCGAGGAUCAGCUGAGAAACAACACGAUAGUGGUGCACACUCCCCUGCAGAACUACGAACAGCCAACUCUGCGGGACUACGAGGAAUGCCAGCAAAACCGGGAUAAUUGCAUUAAUGUUUGCGACUACAACAAGGCCUGCGAGGAUGAGUGUCCUGUUUGUCCGGAGCUCUACGAAAGAACCCUCAUGGUUCAGGGCAUUAACGAUACGGACAUAGUGGCACCUCCAAAAGCCCCCAUUAACACCACAAACAUAAUUCGCCUCACCAACGAGAUCAACAACAUAAUCGAGCACCAAAUCCAGAACCGAAACGAGGUCAACGUGAAGGUGAAUCAGAAUGUCUCCCAGGUGGGAGGACGCUUUGGACUGGGCUACAAUGACCAGGGAUCCUGUUGCUAUGUAGUACGCUUGGAUCGGGAGUGUGAGCAGGGAGGUGGCCGUGACUGCAGGGAGAAGAGCCGCCUGCGGGUUUGUGGCGAGAGGUGUCAGGCCAGAGUGAUGUUGGCCAAGAGAGUGGUCCAAUGCGAUGCCGAGGAUUCGGACCAGUGCCACGAGACCAUCGAGUAUGUGCCGAGGAGGAGGAGAUCCCACUCCAGGAAGUCCAAAACACAGUGCCAGUACUUUGGCAACAGUUGGCCCUAUUUCUCCUGUGGCCAAAACCCCGGACAAAAUGCAGCCUUGGCUCCGCCACCGAGGGUUAAGCGCUCCACUUGCCAGCAGUGUCUCAAUUAUCCCUAUGGAUACAUACUCCAAAAUGGUCUGCCCGCCGAAUGUGCAGGUUGCUUCCAGGGAUUCGGAGCUCCCAUGAUGCCCAUCUAUAAUUCUCCCUACAUGUACAACCCAUUCAUGCCCUAUCCUCCGUUUGGCAACUACCCUGGCUUCAAUAACAACGGAAAUAGCAAUGGAAACAUCUUUGGAGGUGACAAUGCAAAGAAAGAUGACAAUAACAAGGUUGAUAGCAUCAUAGCGGGAUCUGGAGACGAUGGUUGGAUCUUAUGUGACGAUGAUAACAUCGAAAACUGCCUAGGAGAAAAGGAUACUAAGGUCCCACAAAAAGAACCCCCUGCUCAUGUGGAAAAGCCAUCGGAGGACGACCGGGAUUCGGAGGAGUACAACGUCGAAAUCAUGAGGAGAAGACGCCGCCAGAGCCGCCGCAACUUUGUUCGGUCCGCCUACAGUAAACGCAAUCGCGACAACAACUGAUCUAUCCAAAUAUAAUAAUAAAACUCUUGAGAUUUUCUGCAAGCCCUUUGCCUAAACAUCUUAUAGUAUUUUUGGUCAGCCAAAACACAGAAUAAUUUAUAAAAGUACUACUACACUCGCCAUUUGUAUAUAAUAUUCUACCGAAUAAAGGAUAAUUUCGAACCCCUUA